UUUUAAAGAAGACAGUAAACUGCAGUCACGGUGAACGAUGCGGAUCUUGUAGAGCACACAUUAAAAUGGGACCUGAGGCUACAUAAUACCAAGCACCUCUUGUCUCUGUCAGAAAUCCCCAGCUGUCAUUCAUCCUGUGUUGUAGUUUGUAAUGGACCAGGCCUGAUCCGGCAGCCUAUAACAGACCUGCAUGUGUCCACCUAUAGCUCGGUGCUGUUUGCCACACUGCGGCGGGCUGACAAUGACUUGAAUGCUGAUUAUUGUGAAGAUCGACAAAGGACACAAGGAAAGGAGGAGAUGAACAGUUUCCUGAGAGCUGGGGAGAAUGGAGGGCUGGUGACGGACUGCAGGGAGCUGUCACCCAACCACACCGCCUCCUCCUCCUCCACCGCCUCCUCCAUCUCCAUCACCUCCUCCUCCUCCAGCGCCGCUGGCUCAGCCGACAGACACGCGGCCCUGCCCUCGCUCCAGACCCGGGGACCUGUCGGCGGUGGCGGCGGCGGCAGCGGCGGGUCGGAGCCGAGGAGAUCCGCGCUUAAACGCGGCCGAGCCGGCCGGGAGGGACGAGAGGACCCGGAGGCGGCGGAUCUCUCAGCGGCUGCCGUUGCGGUGUGCGUCGGGGUCGGUAAACAGCAGCAGCAGCAGCAGCGUCGGGAGGCUCAAGGACGCAGCGUUGGUGGAGGUGGAGAAGGUCUGGAGAUGAUUUCAGCGGUCAGCAGAGACGCGGGCGGCGGCAGGAGCGAGAGCAGCAACAACGGUGUCUCCGAAGUGACCACGGCCUCACCUGCGACAUGCGCCAAAGGCAAGGAGGAGAGGAAGGGGAAAAACGUGAUCCGGGGCUGGAAGAGGGAGAGAGACAGGGACUCCGCCGCUCCUCCUGUCCGGACGAGGAAGGAGAAGCCCGGCGAUGGCUCGUCUCCUCCUCCUCCCUCCCUCUUCCUCCCGUCGUCCGCCCUGCCCGAGCAUCAUCUGUGCCGCGACGGCCCCGGACACUGCCACUGCGCCGCGCAUGAACCUAGGAUCAUGGGAGAUAAUAGCAACAUUAACAACGUAAACAAUAACAAUAAUAGCGGGAGUAACGGCGGCGGCGCUGCCAAUAAAACUGCGCUGGAUUGUGGAGUUAAAAGCGGCGGCAGCGCUAUUGUUGUCAGGCGGCAGCAUGACGACACGCCGGCGGCCAAGAAACACAGAGGAGCCGAGAAGGUGGACCCCAUGUUUAUGGUGCCAGCUCCCCCUGCUCCAGGCCACCCCGGGGCCCCCGGAUCCUCUCUGCCCUCAGCCCCUUCCUUCUCCCCUCCGGCCCUGCCCACCUCCAAUCCCAAGCAGCUGGCGGUGAGGACGCGGUCUAUAGGCACCAACACCCAGGAUGGAGGCGUCUCUGGAGCACUGGAGGGCGACUCGGCCUGUCUGGGGCCCUGCCAGCCCGGGACCAGUGUCAACCUGGAGGGCAUCGUGUGGCACGAGACUGAGGAGGGUGUGCUGGUGGUGAACGUGACGUGGAGGAAGAGAACCUACGUGGGAACUCUGUUAGACUGCACCAAACACGACUGGGCUCCUCCAAGGUUUUGUGAGUCUCCCUCCAGUGACCCUGAGUUGCCAGGUGGGCGUGGACGGGGCAAACGGAUGCGAAUGGCCAUGGCCGAGAGGCCCUGCGUUGAUCCGGCCCCUGCUGCCAAAAUCAGGGGUCUAUCACAGCACAGGAGCCGUGGAGGUGGUGUGGCUGGAACCACUGCACCCAUCCACAGCAAGGGGCGGAGAGGAAGCCUGAACCUCAUCAACAGCAACUGCCGAACGCCUCCUUCUUUCUUCACUGUGGAGGAGGUGAAACCUGCCAACAGCACCUCCUCUCUCUCCUCCGGGAAGCGGAAGAACAAACCGCCGGCUGACCUGGACCUCAGCCUGGUCUCCUCGGAUGAAAUCAAAAACGGGAAUGGGAAGAGGAUCCGAGCCAAAUCCCGCAGCGCCCCGUCCACGCCGCUGGGCAAAUCUGACCCUUCGUUCAUGGACCCUGGAGGAGGUUGUGCCUCCUCACCACCUCCCCCACCCAUCCUCAUCGACUGCCCCCACCCCAACUGCACUAAACGCUACAAGCACAUCAACGGCCUGCGCUACCACCAGACGCAUGCACACCUGGAGGCGGAGGAGCAGAGGAAGCCUGAGCUGGAGCCCAUGAAGGACGGGGAGAGCGAGGAACGACUAUCAGACUGUGAGGACACCAUCGGCAACAUGACUUAUGACCUCUCAGAGACAAACAGCACUAAUGCCAACAGCUCCUCUAAGAAACCCACUCCUCUAUAUAAGGUGACCACAGUGGGGUCUCCUAAGAACAGACGGCUUCUCCUCAGUACUGACCACAGCCCCUCAGCCAACCCCAAGACCAGAAGAACCUCACUGCUGAAAGAUGGGCUGAUUGAUGACCUCAGCAAUCUGCCCAUCAUCUCCAACAUGACCGUGGUUCUGGAGAACUGCAUGGUCCCAGACAGGAACUCCACGGUCGAGAUGCCCAAGCUGGAAGCCGAAGGCUUGAUCGACAAAAAGGGGGGUGCGUGCGACAAGGGCAAGAAGGCCAACGGGAAGGUUGAGAAGCCGUCCAAGUCACGGACCAACCGGCCGAUCGCUCCCGCCCCUGCUCCCCCAAAGCUGAUCGCCAUACCCAACACAGCGUAUCCGACCGGCACAGCAGAUACUGCCCCCUCACAGCAACCCUCACCCAUGGCAGCCGUAGGCCUCACCAGUAAAAACCUUCCCCUGAAACCCAUCAAACCAAAGCUGAGCAUCGUUGUGGAGCCGAGCCUUGUCAAAGCCACCCUGGUUACCUGCAGCAAAGAGACCAGGAAGAAAGAGAAACGGAGGCUGAAGGACAAACACAACAAGGAUGCGCAAACCAGGACACCUAAUGGCGACGGCGGUGGAAUCAAAAUGGAAGAUGUCGGUGGUUCCAAAAUGGGCAUAAAGGAAAUUUCUGGGAGCCUUCUGAAGGAGCACCUCAGUAAGCAGGAUGUACUGAACGGGCUCACAGAGAGCCAGGAGAGCAGGAUGGCCAGUAUCCGAGCUGAGGCUGACAAGGUCUACACCUUCACCGACAACGCCCCCAGUCCCUCCAUAGGUGGUUCAUCACGGCUUGACUCCAGUGGUAGUUGCCUGGCAACAGACAGCAAGAACAACAGCCCCGCCUACUCUGACAUCUCAGAUGCCGGGGACGACGGGGGAUCUUCUGAAUGUCGCUCGGAUGGAAUCAGAUCCAAGUCAGCCUCCUCGGCCUCUUCGGAGGUGAGCUCUAACAGUAGCCAUGGUAACUCUGGUAAAACCCCGCCCACGGCCUCUGCCCCGCCAUCAAAAGACCCCCAAUCCCCGUACUACCACAGCUACGAGCCCUACUACCUGCAGGGGUACAUGCAGUCGGACAGGCAAAACAGCAGCAGCGUUGCGUUCCACAAAAGCUCUGGCCACGACGGCAAAGGGAAAGACCGAAAGGAAGAAGUGAAAGAGGACGAUAAAAGCUCCUCCCACGAGUUCUCAGACUCAAAGAAAGGCGACGGGCCGCCUCAGUCGCAGCUCCAGCUGGCUAUGAGUCAGACCCAGACCGCCUUGGCCCAGUCGCUGUACUAUGGCCAGUACUCCAGAGGACUGUACAUGGACCAGAAACUGUUACUGGCCUCCAAAUGCUGUGACCAGACGCACAGCGCCAAGCAGAGGUGCGAGAGGGGACAGGGGGUGAGAGACAGUGAGGACGAUAAACACGUGGUUGGGGGUUCAGCCAGUGGACCCAUGCACGGUAAAGAUGGUGCUAAAGGUUGCUGUCCCAAACCCGUCCUGUCCUAUGUGGAGAUGACUGAGAGGGGAGAAAGGGGACAGAGUCUGGGCGUAAAGGCGGUGCACGGUGGCAUGGUGGAGCAGCACCAGGUCUCGAUGAAAGACUGCGAUGACAUCAAGUCACCUUCCUCUUCCUCUUCUUCAUCGCUCCACAACCCAAACAGUCAGACAGAUCUGGACUCAAAUGUUUCCUAUUCCAGUCCCUCAGACGGCCCGGCCUGGGCUCACUGCCUCGCUCACAGCAAAUACUCAGAGCUACAACAUGGGGAGGAGGCCGAGGAGGGUGAAGCAGACAGGGGAAAGGAAUGGGGAGCUACCGUGGAGCCUGCCGGGGCCAAGAUGACCUCAGGAGGAAGUGUGGGCGGAGAUGCUAAAAAAGCCAGGGUCCACGAUCUCCCGCCCGCCAUCGACGUGGAGGAUUCAGACAGGCUAGACGGGUUGGAUGAUCAAGGCCAGGAGCCAAUGGGAGGGCUGGCUGAGGAGUCCCAGAGUGCCCGGGUGGCAGUGUCUCCUCCCAUGACCCCCCAGCAGCCCUACAUCCAGUACCAGCACUCCUCCUACCUGCCCUACCUGGCAAUGUGUGAAAGCGGCGGGGGCUCCUACAGAGGGGUGUCCCCAACCCUGGUCCACAAUUACCCAGGUUUCCACUACCCUCUGUACGGUAACACGGCAGGCAGGGAGGAGUCGGAGGUGACUCCACCCGGCAGAGGAGGAGCGGUGAGCAGCAAGCAGAGCGCCGACUCGUCCUCGUCCUCAGCCAUCGAGCUGCUGCAGCAGCAGAGCCACCAGUACCACGGAAAAUCACCCGCUCCCGGCGAGAAGGGUUCCCCCGAGGGGGAGAGAGAGACGGAGCGAGAGAGGAACCACAUGUCAUUCGCCCGACACCUCCACACACACCAUCACACACACCUGGGUAUGAGCUACAACCUGAUGUCGGGACAGUACGACAUCUACCAAGGCUUGAGCUCCAGGUCGCUGGUCUCCAGUCAGCAGGUGUCAGGACACUCCUCUACUGAGAGCGAAGGGAAGAAGUAGGGCCAUGUGAGAGACCAAGUCUCACAUGAGGAACGGCAGAAUUUAUCAGACAUCAAUUCCAUGGUGUUUACUAAGCUUCGCCUCGCUCAGAGGCAGAGAACUAAAAUUAAAAAGAACCCCUUUCAUUUCUUACCACCUGUUUUAUAACACGUCAUCGAGGAGCAGACGGAGGGACAGGAAGCAGGAUCAGCAGGAACUAUCUGUACCAGUCCAGAUCACUGACUUUUGAAGCUUUCAGUUUUGCAGGAUUUUGACAGAAGCAGAGAGGCGCGUAUAAGAAACUUAACAUCCCAGAGCGCCACGCAUCCGCCCAGCUGUAGCUGUGGCGUUCACCUUUAUAAAAAUGCACAUUUAUCGUAGUGUAUUAUGAUGAUGAUAUGACUGAAUGUACUGAAGAUGACUUACAUUAUCCCGAUAGUGUUGAUCUUUUCUUUUCUUUUUUUUACUAUUGAGGAAACAGCAUUAGGAAGCUAAAAAGUCUAUUAUUAUCCUUAUUAUCCUUAUCAUUCUGAUUAUUGAAGUGGUCCUCCUCCCUCCAUAGUGCUGACGCUACAUUUGUAUUACUAACCUGUACUUGAGCGUAACCAUGUUGAUUGUAUUGUCUUUAUGUGAGAGUAAACCUUCACAUCGACCUGCCCAGUGCCAUGUAGGAACCCAGUGGUGUAUAUAUUCUGUACAGAUUCAUGGCGGAGCACUAACAUGCUUUAUUGUACUCUAUGUUGAUCUCCAUCAGCCAUGCAGGGGAGCAGCGGGCGGAGCAUGGAAAACCCGCAGGACAAGAACCACUAUUUCUUUAUUAGCCGAGUUCAGAUCAACGGCAGCAGUUUGUCCUGUUGGCACACGUUCUAUGGUUCCACUGACGUAAUGUACUGUAUGUUGCACAUAUGACACAUCCUAUUUGGUUAGAGCUAAGGAUAAGUGUGUCAUUUAGUGAAUGAUAGCCCCAGUUUGUGCCUCGUGGACUCAGUUUUCUUUCAGGUCACUGUUGAUCUCUACAUCUGACACUGCUAUGGUUAACGGUUGGUCAUUUUUAGGAACGAGAACUACUUUGUGAGUGUUGGGAAAAUUCAAAGUUUGGGUGAAAAUCAACUAUUUGGAAAACGUUUGUAUUUGGCGAAACAAGCUCACCACAAGGUCCAUUUCGCAGCUGUUCUGGAGCUUUCAAUCGUACCCCAUAAUGCCAUGAAACUGUAGUUGGACCACAAGGUCAAUUCAGAGAAUUGACUUUAAUGAAAACACGGACAACAAGUGCUCAGAAGGAUGGUAGUUUGAAUAUCAGCGAUUCCACGCUAACUGGAAAAACUCCCUCUGCUGAGGAAGAUGGUGUAAUACGACUGAAAGCUCCAGAUCAGCUGCUGAAUGGACCUUGUGGUCAGAUUAUUUAGUAGACAGGAAAUUAACAGUUUGUUAUCCCAAAUAACGAUGACAAUUCAGUGUACACCAGAGAAAAUAUAGAAUUAAAGGGGAACAGGAUUGACUUCAAAAAGUGCCGUUGGGUUUUGAAUAAAACAGUGACUUAUUUCUUAAUAUAUCACUUGAAAAUAAUCAACAAUCAGCAGUGAUUUGCAAUGGAAAAAUGAUGCUUAAAUGAGAGGUACAACCUGGGGUUAGGUGAAUGAAAUAUCGAUGACAGAUGCCAGUGAGUGCAUGCUAGUUUAUUUGAACAUGAAAGCCAUAAUUGAGCCAAUCAUAAUUUAAGUCGCAGCACCUCUGAAAGACAAUUCCAGUGUUAAAAUGAGAUUUUGCUCAUUUUCACCAUUCUUUUAUUAUAACUUCUACGGCCGACACUAUACUCAAAACUGAAUAGAAUUUGGUUUGUUUGCUCAGGUACAAUACGUAGUGAGUUUAUGACCAAAAAUAAGCUUCAGGGUUUGCCAGUAAAAAAAAAAAAAAUUACUUUGUAUACGUCUUGUUUUUAGGAAAUUACAAGUUGUGUAAAUAAAAGCAUUUGCUUGCAGUGCCAUAGUCAACAGCAGUUUGAGAACCGCUAAAUUCAGUUUCAGUUUUGAGUAUUGAGCAACGGCUCCAAAUGAAUGCUACAUCUAAGAUGACAGAAAAAUAGAAAAUAUAAUUGAACACGAGGAAAGCUGGAAAACCAUUCACAGUACAGCGAUAGAAAAACACUGGAAUUGUCUUUUAAGUAAAAUGAGAUGCCAGUAGGGCUGUACUUUUUGUCAGGAGUCCCACAAUCCUUCGCUCCGCCCCUGCUCCCAUGCCUUCUACAAGCUAACUAGCUCACUGCAGAGCCUCUGAUAGACAGAAUGGUCAGGUUUUGUCAUUGGUGCCAAAACUGCUGCCACACCUCUAGAACAAAGAACUGUCAAAGUGUUAGCAACAACAAUUGGGCCAAUUCAGGUGCUUACCCAAUGGAAAAACAACAUACAUGUUAGCCUGGUGGUUGUAAUUCAGAGUUAUCAGGAAUUUACUAUGAUAGUCCCAUUUUGGUUUAAAGAGUUAGAGAAGUAUGAACAAAGUAGUAUCAAUUUGGCUGCAAAUAUCCAAAUAAUAAUUGAAAGGAGGCUGAUUAAAAUCAAACUGCUACAAAUAUAUGACACAAUAAAAAUUGCUAAUUUAGGCUUCAAUUUAUUUGUAUCAUUGUGACGACAUGGCUAACAUUAAGGUUAGCUAUCUUUAAAUAAUGUGAGAACAUGUUUACCCAUUUUGCCAACAAAGCUUAAAGAGAAAACUUGCCACCUUUUACGUGGAUGUCCAAUCAGUGUUGAUGAAGAAGGUCUCCAGCACACUUCUGUCCAAGUGAGGAGUAAAAGACAGCAUCCGACAAAAACUGCCCACUCUGACAUUUAUUGCAGCAGAAGGAUUCCGUUUGUGUUGGCAUCGGAGAGCAAUUUUAACAAAGUCACCAGCAGUAGUUGUUUGCCUUCGGCAGCUCAGGUUCUGGAGAGUCCCCCGACGGCCAUAUCCUCCCCGCUGCAUUUCUUCUGCCGCAUACUCUGGCUCGAAGAAACACAGCUGAAGUCAGCCAAAACAUUGUAACAUCUAUUCUCGUCCAUAACAUACUCUGCACUCAUUUUGGGAUGCCAUUUUCACAGUUCGCAAUACAAGCGAAGAGAACUGGAAGUUCUGUUUUUGAGUAGCAUCUAGGGCAUGCCCCCUGGCUACCUGGAGGAGCAAUCUAAGCUGAAAUAGCCUGUAGUUCUUCCUUGCCUUCCGUCGUCACUGUCACGUCACUGGAUGCAGGAAGAACAACAGAUUUUGCAGGUGAGAACUCAGCUUCCUCUGUCAAUAUAGCACUCACUGUGAAAUGUAUUGCUUCCAACGGCUUGAUUUACCAUCAAAACUGAUUGGACACCCACACAAAAAAAAUUCCCUUUAUUGCAGCUAAAUACAAUGUUCAUGUCAUGUGGGUGGAAGUAUUUACUAGUACAAGUUGGAAAACUCCCAAUCCCAAUGGCCCGACCUUGUCUAUCAGCGGCUCUGUCUCACUCAAAUACAACACCUUACCUGCAUAGUAUCAGUGAUCAUUCUAUUACUUGAAUAUAGUGCUAUGAACUCUGUUUACAAAAUGCUGUCAUCUUUUGGGAGACACAGUGUUGUCUUAUAAAGGCUGCUUGGUAUAUGUUCAGUUCAUCCACCCGGUGUAUCCUGUUAAUUACACACUGCAAUCGUAUAAACAUGGAACCUGCUGUUGCUUUUUUAUACUGUAUAUGCCUUAAUUCAUAUGUUUGGCAAUCAUGAUUAAAGGAUGUUUAUAUAUA